CCUCGGGCACGACAUGAAUAAAAACCCCCGCGGAAAUGUGUGUUUGUCUUCCGCGCAUAUUCUAUUGGGACAGUAGGUGAUAUUCGGGUGCGCAUUGCACACAGAGCGAAUUUGACUGCGCUCUGCCCGCUAUCCAUCAUAAACCCUUAUUUUUUAGGAUAGUUGUGAAUUGACUGCAAGAAACUCCCUGAAGCCAGAGGACCAAGGUAUUUUAAAGUUGCCUACACCGACUGUGGACUUUGACAUUGGCAGACGAUGACAACUUCCACCCGUGGAAUGACAGGUAGGGAAUACUGCGCGCUCUGUGCAGUGCGUGGAGUUAUAGUUGGAAUUCAAAGAGAUUGCUAUAUUGCUUAUUGCAGAAUACCGUGCCUACGCUUGUAUUGCUAUUUUAUCAUGUUAAUUGAAUGUUACACCAGAAUCUGAGUGGCAUAGUUAGAAACAAGUAAUUACGUUGUUUUCUCUGUGUGAUACAUUCGUGCGCAAUUUUUGUUUUUUGUCGUCAUAUUUGGAACCUCAGUGAGACAUGUUUGCAUGUCUGAAGUGUACAUUACAGUACAUAGGCAUACAUAUUAUGCACUGUUGCAUGCAAGAUCUGUCUCACCCUUUUAAGUGAUUGAAAGUAUUACAGAGGACCAUGAAUGGUGGACAAUGCUUGAGCACAAACUAGGCGACUUUUUUCACCUGUGAUUCAGACCAGCCUGUGAACAGAACAACAUUCUCUUUGCCCCUCUAAGAUUUACAGAUAGAAAUUCAUUGUUGCACAGCAAGCCCACCAUUUAUCUUUACUGCAAUAUUUGCUUUCCUUCAUAGGAAUACUUUUUUGUGCCCAGGCUUUGUUUAUAGGUGCUUGAAUGUUAGUCAAUGGCUCAUUUUGUUAAAGGGGCAAUCUGGGAUUGGUACAUACAUUUUAGGACUUUUGCCUUAAUGGCAUGUAGCCAUUGCCUCAUGAAGAAUAUAACUUAUAAAUGCCUCAUGAGCUUAGGUCAACUGUCUUACCCCAUCAGAACCCAAAAUAUAAGCUUGUUUGUAAAUAAUGUUAUUUUAAACAAACCGUGUAUAGUUUCAAAACUAUCAUUUUGAACUCAUGGUCAGUCCUUGCAUCCAUGGCUCUGUUUAUGUUUACAUUUCUCCAGCCCCAACCCAUAGCUGUUUACCCAGAUUGCCCCUUUAAACAUUUCUGCUUGGCUUCCUCCAGGCUCCCUGUGAUCUGAUAGCUAUAUAAACAUUUGUUUGGAAUAGCAACCUUAUUUACUGGGCUUUUUGGGUGUUUAUUUCAGAUUUUAGUCUAAUCAAGCACAUAUAGAGUGUCAACUCUAGAUGAGUGGGACUUCGGCCUCGUGCCUUCUCACACCGCUGGAGGUGUGUGGUUAUUCCCUGUUGUGUGUUAAUGCUUACAUACAUAGAUCCAGAUUGUUUGAAUGAGUGGGCCUUUGACUUUGUCUUCUCUUCUCAGAUCCUCUGGAUUCCACUGAUCCCCAGGUUCUGGACUAUAUCCUGGUUCCUCACCGGAACUUCAACCUUAUCAAUGGGGUCCACUCUCCCGACGAGGUCGACCAGAUCCAGAACUGGGAGAUCCGAGACUCAGACAUAUUCGCAGUCACUUAUCCCAAGUCAGGUGAGCACUGGAGACAGCAUGGAUAUACUUACCUAGAAUACCCACUUGUUCACCGCUUUUAAAACAUGCCUGCAUGCCCUACUUACCUCUUUUCAUCUCUUCCUAUAAGGUCCUCUUACACAGUUUAUCAGCUCAACUGAGUAGAUCUCGUUUAGGGAGUUUACUUUGCUUAUCUGUUAGUGGGCUCUGUUCUCAACCUGUAUCAGUCCAGCAGCCCAGAUAAGUGAAAGAAAUGUCCUAGUUGUUUUAAGCCAACAAAACUGGUAUCUUCGGUAAUCUCCCUGCGCAUCCUUACAUUAGGUGGAAUGCUGCAUACCCUGUUAUUCUCCCAUUGGCUGAAAACAAUGGUUUAAACCAGGCUAGAUUAAAGUGUAACAGACACCAUGUCCCAUAAGCACCGUAUCAGGGCAGGAGUAGCACAGUGAGGGUAGGCAGGACAAUGUCCACAUACCUUUGUAUAUAUAGUAUAUUUGUAUGUGGACACCCCUUCAAAUUAGUGGAUUCGGCUAUUUCAGCCACACCCGUUGCUGACAGGUGUAUAAAAUCGAGCACACAGCCAUGCAACCUUCAUAGACAAACAUUGGCAGUAGAAUGGCCUUACUGAAGAGCUCAGUGACUUUCAACGUGGCACCGUCAUAGGAUGCCACCUUUCCAACAAGUAAGUUAGUACAAUUUCUGCCCUGGUAGAGCUGCCCCGGUCAAUUGUAACAGCUGUUAUUGUGAAGUGGAAAUGUCUAGGAGCAACAACAGCUCAGCCGCGAAGUAGUAGGCCACACAAGCUCACAGAACGGGACCGCCGAGUGGUGAAGCGCGAAGCGCAUAAAAAUCUUCUGUCCUCGGUUGCAACACUCACUACCGAGUCCCAAACUGCCUCUGGAGCAAUGUCAGCACAUUAACUGUUUGUCGGGAGCUUCAUGAAAUGGGUUUCCAUGGCCGAGCAGUUGCACACAAGCCUAAGAUCACCAUGCGCAAUGCCAAGUGUCGGCUGGAGUGGUGUAAAGCUCGCCGCCAUUGAACUCUCGAUUAGUGGAAACACGUUCUCUGGAGUUAUGAAUCACGCUUCACCAUCUGGCAGUCCGACGGACGAAUCUGGGUUUGGCGGAUGCCAGGAGAAUGCUACCUGCCCCAAUGCAUAGUGCCAACUGUAAAAGUUUGGUGGAGGAGGAAUAAUGUUCUGGGGCUGUUUUUCAUGGUUCGGGCCAGGCUCCUUAGUUCCAGUGAAGGAAAAUCUUAAUGCUACAGCAUACAAUGACAUUUUAGACGAUUCUGUGCUUCCAACUUUGUGGCAACAGUUUGGGGAAGGCCCUUUCCUGUUUCAGCAUGACAAUGCCCACGUGCACAAAGUGAGGUCCAUACAGAAAUGGUUUGGCGAGAUCGGUGUUGAAGAACUUGACUGGCCUGCACAGAGCCCUGACCUCAUCCCCAUCGAACACCUUUGGGAUGAAUUGGAACGCCGACUGCAAGCCAGGCAUAAUCGCCCAACAUCAGUGCCUGACCUCACUAAGGCUCUUGUGACUGAAUGGAUGCAAGUCCCUGCAGCAUUGUUCCAACAUCUAGUGGAAAGCCUUCCCAGAAGAGUGGAGGCUGUUAUAGCAGCAAAGGGCGGACCAACUCCAUAUUAAUGCCCAUGAUUUUGGAAUGAGAUGUCCACAUAUUUUUGGUCAUGUAGUGUAGAAUCCCUGAGAAACAAAAGUUCACUACAUUUUCCCCCAUCAAAACCCCUGAAUUGUCAGUUAAACAAUGUGUUGGUGUUAUCAAAUCAAAGGUAGUGCAGUGAGGUGAAAGGGCCAAGCUAUACGGUAUUGUACAUUGUAUGGUAGGACCGACAUGCCACAUUGUCCCUGCAUGGACAGUAAAGUUUAAAUUGAAUUGAAAUGACCUCUGGGUGACCUGUAGUGUCUGCUCUGCUAUGAUUGACAGGGACGAUCUGGAUGCAGCAGAUUCUGACUCUGAUAGAAGCCAAAGGUGACGUCACUCCAACCACAGAGCAUCUCAACGCGCAGCGCGUCCCAUGGAUCGAGCUGAUUGGCGGUGAGAAGGAGUUUAAUGCCACUCCAUCCCCCAGGCUACGGGUCACCCACCUGCAGUACAAGUUCAUGCCGCUCGCCGUCAGACAAAAGAAGGGAAAGGUCAGUGGAAUGCAUUAAUCAUUUUGGUAACACUUUGGUAUUAUUCUGUGGGUAUUAGCACUUAGCAUAAUUAGUACUUUGGUAUUGGUGUUAGCCUGCAGGCAUAAUGCUUUAUUACUUAUUUAUGAGCCUCUAUAAUGCCUUAUAAUAAGGCUUUUAAUAUGUUAUAUCUCUCUAUGUACCAAAAUACUCUAAAUGGUCGUAUACAUGCUUAUUUUAAGUCUUACAAUGCAUUAUAACUGCAUUAGAAUGCAUAAUACCUGCAGGCUUUAAGUGUUACCCAAAGUCUAUUAUCACCAUUCAUCAUUACUUUCAUUAAAGUAUUACUACUGAUAUUGAUUGACUAUCAAAAAUAAUCAAUCUAUUGAUAUGCAGUAUGACCUUGCUUCCCUAAGGUGAUCUAUGUGGCCAGAAACCCUAAGGAUGUUCUCGUGUCCUAUUACCACUUCCACAAAUAUGCAGCCAUGCUGGAGACGCCGAAGGACUUCAAUGAUUUCUUUGAGAAAUUCAUGGAAGGGAAAGGUAAGUACAAUGUGUGCCGUUGGCCCUGUUUAGGACUAUGCAUUUCAUACAUGAUGUGCAAGGCUGAAUAUUUUUUCUAUGGGGAGUUAGCACUAGCCAACAAUGCUUUACGCUUACAGUAUACACCAGGUCUAUGAUAAGUUAAGUCAGUUAAUUGUGAUUAUUUUGAAAUGAAUGAUGUCGAAAGCCUUCUAAACACUUUGGUCUGUAGUAUCCUUAGGCUCAACUGUGCUAUCAUGGUGGUAGGCUGUGUGUGAGUAUCCAUUUGAGUCUUUGCUGUGUGUGUUGCAGUUUAUGGGAACUGUUGGUUUGAGCACAUCAAGACGUGGUACGCUAAAAGACACAACAUGAACUUCCUGUACAUCACAUAUGAAGACAUGAUCAAGGUACCAACAGUGGCAAAACCUACCUGUCCAUCUACUUGUCCAUCCUGUGCUGUACUCUUGAGUUGGCUUGUGAGUUUGCAUGAGUCUCGAAGCAUGAACGGUGUGUGUGUUGCAGGACCUGCGCUCCAUCGUGGAGAGGAUGUGCAGGUUUCUAGGGAAGGAUUUGACAGAGGAGCAGAUGGCCAGUGUGGUGGAACACAGCACCUUUAGAACCAUGAAACAGAACCUGCAGGCUAACUACAAGACGGUGCCAGACUCCCUGCUUGACCACAACAAGGGCACGUUUAUGAGGAAAGGUAUGCACGUCACACCUUGUAAGUCAACAUAAUAUAACCUGAUAACAGAAUGGUCGCCUGUCUCCUUAUCAAUACACUCUGGUAUGAGGAUUUUUGUGUGUGUGAUUCAGCGAGACCAUGGCACAAGCUGCGUCUUAUUUCAGCCACAAUCAAGCCAAGGGCAAUCACAAAGGGCUUAUAGCACUGUACUUGUAACACCAGGCCCAUAUACAGCCCCUGACUGUCCCAGGAACAUUUACACGGAACCAAUGUUCAGAUGGAUAUACAGCCAUCUGGAUUAUAAUUUGUGCAAACCUAAAGGACAAUUAAAUUGAUUGUUUUAUCUUAAAGGGCAAUUCCGCCACUUUUCAACCUCAUAUUCAUUAUCUCUAGCACCAUACCAGUGUCUACAUAUGUGAAAACAGCGCAUUUCUAUGAUGUGGUUAAAAAGAUAAGGUCCUAAAAAAAAGAAUGUGACAUCACAGGGUAGGAUUAAAAGUAAGAAAAACUGUGAUUUAAAACAAGUUUCUAGCCAGAGGGAGGGUGUUUUCUUACUCCCCACGUCACACAAAUCUCAGUGUUUGAUUAUGUUAUCGGGUAGAACCUUAACUUUAGAGGUUUUUAGACUAAACAUAGAAAUGUGCCUUUUUCACAUACUGUAUGUACACUGGUAUUGUGCUGGAGAUGAUGAAAAUGACGUUGGAAAGUGGUGCAAUUUCUCUUUAAUACUCUUUUAAAUUCUUGACUGAUUUCCAUCUACACUCUGACAGGGACCAUUGGGGACUGGAAGAACCAUUUCACUGUUGCACAGAGCGAGAGAUUUGACAGUGUCUUCCAGGAGAAGAUGAGGGACCUACCUCUCUCCUUUGCGUGGGACAUCAAUGACGUCAAUAGCGCCACGUGAUGACAUCAUAUUCACGUCUUGCAGGGAUUUUUGAAAUCCUUCGACGGGCCCCCUAAGCAUUUUAUCGGGUGACCUAAGUCCAAACAAUGUAAAAAUAACUUUUUUUCGGGAUGGAAAAACGCUUUC